AUCGAAUGUGAGAGAAAAGGUAUAAAAGGACACCACACUAUCGGUACUCCCAGUUAGUACGUGUGCGUUCUCUUCGCGGUCGAUUUGCGGGAUUUGUUGGAUAACUUUUGCAGUGAAAUGUGAAAGGAUUUUGGGAAAUAAUGUGAAUAUUACACAACUUGUACCCCUUUGCGGAAUUUGGGUGAGAAGUUAAGUGAGUUCAUUACGCAAAGAAAAUAUAGUUAAAUCGAAUGUGGGCUAUUAGAUCAUGGGAAAAGGAAGAGAGUGUUAACUAGCGAAUAGCCAAAAUUCACCUGUAUCGAGGUCUGCAGCCCUCGGCAGCAAGGAAAAUGGCAAAAGCAGCAUCAAAGAAUGGACCCGGUAAAAGUCGAUGGUCGGAGUUUCGGACGAGAUAUGCCGGUUGGUUCACCACGUACUGUGGUCACGAUUUGCGAUGUUUGCAGUCGCUGGACAGCUUCACCGCCCUGAUGUUCCGCCCAACGGACGGUGCGGCCCUCGGAGUGGCCAGGGCGCUGUUUGGGCUGAUGAUGUUGAUUGACAUUCCCGAGGAACGUGGCGGGGGCAAUUUGGACUUUCGAUGGGGCGAUCCAAGGGCUUGCCGGUUUCCUCUGGUGAACGGAAUGGAACCGCUGGGGUAUGCUCGGAUGGGAGUUGUCUAUCUGGUCAUGUGGCUUGGAGCGCUCGGUAUCACGCUGGGCUAUCGAUUCCGGCUGACGUGCCUGAUGUUUGUGACUAGCUAUUGGUACGUGUUUGUUCUGGACAAGAGCUUCUGGAAUAACCACAGCUACUUGUACGGAUUACUUGGGACGUUGUUUCUCUUCACGGAUGCGAACAAGUUCUUAUCAUUCGACGCCUACAAGAACAGAACAUCAUCCCAGGAAGUACCUUUCUGGAAUUACUUCAUACUGAAGUAUCAGUUCUUCAUACUGUACUUCCUCGCCGGACUUAAAAAGAUGUGUCCAGAGUGGCUCUCGGGCUACGCCAUGACCAACUUGAGUUAUCAUUGGGUGUUUCUACCCUUCAGAUCCCUACUCGGUCCACAACUUACGGACCUGCUGAUUGUCCACUGGUUCGGAUGCAUCUUCGACACCUUGGUGGUGUUUUUUCUCAUUUACGCACCAACUCGCAAAACAGCCACGUUGUUUGCCUGCGCAUUUCAUCUGAUGAACUCCCGUCUCUUUCACAUCGGAAUGUUCCCGUGGACCUGUUUGACGCAGCUUCCCCUGUACUACAGCGUUAGCUGGCCCCGGCUGGUUUGGAAGAAGCUGUCGUUCGGUGAAUCUAGCGGAAAAUUUACAAAACAUCAAAAGCCAAAGAAGCAGACUCCACAACCUCCUAGCAAACGAAGGAAGAUUGUGACUGGAACGAUACUACUAUACUGCGGAUUGCAACUGUUCCUGCCCUAUUCCCACUUUAUCACGAAAGGAUACAACAACUGGACGAACGGCUUGUACGGAUAUUCUUGGGAUAUGAUGGUUCACGCUUGGGACACGGUCCUCACCUCAAUCAAAGUGACAGACAACACCACAAACCAAACCCUCUACCUGAUGCCGUACGCCUUCGUCGACAACGAUCGCUGGACCAAACAUGCCGACAUGGCCCACCAGUUUGCUCACUGCAUCAAUCGGAACAUGCGCCAGGAGUAUGCCACGACAGACCGAAAAAAGAUGACCAACUUUUCCGUACACUUCGACAUCUGGUGCAGCCUCAACGGGAGAUUUCUUCAGCGCAUAUUCAACCCCCAAGUGGAUAUUCUCACGACGGAGUGGUCACCAUUCAAACCAGUAGAUUGGCUACUCCCACUGCUACACGAGUUCACCGAAAUGCGAACCAAGAUCGAACACAUGACACGGGACGUCCACACCUGGAGCAACACGUCGGACGUCCUGUUUGUGGCGGACUUUCCCGGACUCACCCUAGAUAACUACAUAGUUCCGGAAAUGGACAACGUAACGCUAACCAUCCUGGAGGGUAGCGUCACCUAUUACCACGACGAACACCCAAACCCAAUCCACCUGACCAAAGGACAACGUCUGCCGAACAUCCCACCAGAAUUUCACCACGUCACUACGACCAGCUCGACUCCCUCGUCAAUGGUGUACACUUUUGUGAAUAAAACGAUGCAAACCACGAGCAAUGAGCGUGCAAGUACCAACAAAUCCCCAAUUCUGCCACUGGGGCAGGAACUAGGCCAUCGACUGGACAAUUAUGUGCGAUUUUUCCAGCACGUGGGAAAUUCACUGCUGUACGAGAUUUAUGGCGUUCCGAUGCCGCGGAGAGUGCGGAUCGCACCCGACGAGACUACGUGGACAAAGGACUGAAUAAAGUUGAGUUUUUGAGAUAAA